AUGAUGAACUGGUAUACCCUUGAGAAGUCGAAGCAGGUGAAGGCAUUUCGUUGUGGAGAGUAUGAUGAGUGCAUCGAGAAGGCGAAGGCAUCUGCUGCUAAUUCGAAUAAGAAGGCGGUGAAGUAUGCUCGCAGGGAGGAUGCUAGUUCUGGAAAUGGUGAAGAAAUUGUAGGCCUUCAAUAUUUUCAAUCUAGAGGAAUGAACAUGAAAUACAAUGAUUUUCUUGGCUUGGUGGAGAAAUUUUACUAUCUCUCUGGCAGAUAUGACAUUGAGCUGACUGUUGGUGAUGCUGUCAUGGAGAACUCUUUCUUACGGCCACUUGGCCAUCUUGAAUUAGAUCUUCCAGAAGCACCUACUAUCAAGGCACCCCGUCUUCCUCCACUAGCUGUUGAUCCAUACACGAGAUAUGGGCCCAAAGCAGAGAUAACCCACUUAUUCAGGACUCCUGAAAGUAAAGUUGUUGUAGAAGGGAGAGUUCAGUUUGAUCUGCUCCAGGUAAUGUUGAUUUUGCUUUUCAUUAACUACCCUCUGUUUGGAUAAUCCAACUUUAUUGCUGAGUAAGUUUUUU